GCAAACUAAGGCUAGCGAUGGAAUCCCAGCGAAUACUAUCCUCACCGUCGAACGGUGAUGACACGGAAACCGAUUCUAUCAGCUGUUACGUGGUAGAAGGGGCGGACCUAUCAUCGACCGCCGAAGGCGUACAGUACCGGCUGAAUGGUGGUGAAGCCGAGCACGGGGAUGACCAUUUGCGAAAGGGACUGAAUCGCAUCUCGAGCGAUUCGGCGUCCACUUAUGAAAUGGUGGACGGUGGGAGUCCUCAGUCACCUGCGUCCGGUACUAGCGACGGUCACGGUGUGGACGGUGACGAUGAUGACGAUGGCGAGGAGGAGGAGGAGGAGGACGAAAUGUGGAGCAAUAUUGUGCGCAUAAAUAAUGCGACGGCCGCUACGGUGGCCGAACUGGCGGGCAGUGUGGCAGCGGGUCGGGCUGCUGCGGAUGAUGGAUUGGCGAACGAAAUCGAGUACGAAGUGCAGGAGGGCAGUGAGCAGGAACUUCUGAACCGCGACGGUGGAGAAUUAUUGCAGCGCAAACAGCGAUACGAUCUGGCACGCUCGUCCACGAAGGAGGAGAAACAGCGCCACAAUGAGGAAAUAGUGAUCAUGAAAUCGAACUCACUCUCUUCCGAUACAACGCCCGCGACUAAUUCGUGGGAACCGGUGGAUGGUGUCGGUACCGAGCCGGAGCUAGAGGUGGACGGUGAUCCACAGCAGGAGAUAACGACGGGCGUAUCAGCGCCCACUUUCUGUGGUCCUUCGAAACCGUGCUUCAUAGACGCAUCGUCACUGUUUGACGAUGAUGAGGUGGUUUAUCCAUCGUUCCAGGAAAGUUCCUGCCCAAGCCACCGCUCAAAGGUGGAGGAAGCAACAGCAAGUGAAAGCAGCGUACAACUGGCAACGAUUCUGUGUGACGAAGUGGGCGAACGGGUGACAAAACCGAUCGAGGUGAAGGAUCAAUUUUCGGCCGGUCCGUCCAACAAUUAUAUAGCGAGCAAGUUUGAGAAGCUUGCCGAAUCGAACCAUUCUACCGAACCAACCGGUAACGAUAACGAUCGUGAGGAAGUGCUCGCACGCCAGGAAGCUGAACGAAAGCAGGGCACCUUUCUGUUUCAAAACUCGAUUCAGCAAUAUUCGGGCCAUCUGUUGGAUUCUAGUUUGCAGUUCGCACCGGAGGAAGCGUACAGUGAUCUUUCCCUGCCGAGCGUGUACUCUUCGAGCAGUGAGCCAAAUUACGGUGAAUAUAGUUCACUAACGAUUAGCGAUAAUCAUCGAUAUUCGCUGGGAGGCUGUAGUGUGGCGACAACGGAUGAAAGAGGAGCAAGUGGACAGAUGGACAGCUUGCGUGGAGGUGGAACCUGUACUAGUGGAUACAAUUCUAGCUCGGCUGAUUAUAAUAGUCGCACGCAGGCCACGAGUGACGUAGAAUCUACAUCACACUAUCCAAACACACCGUUUAAUUCGAUCGUACAUGUCACGUCGGUUGCCGCUAUUCCCCCACAGGUGGUGUUGCACCGACAGGUGCAAGAGCUGAGUGAAGAUACGGGUAACGAUACAAGCCGGGCUAGUUCCGUGGAUCGAGAGUCACACUCCACACCGAUCCGCAUUCCAAAGCGUAUGCAAAAGCACGACGAAUCGGCACCGAUCGUGUCGGGCGGUGCGUCCAUUGAGGACUUUACACCGAAGCAGUGCGAAUCACCGUCCGUUCGUCGACGUACUGACACGUGCCCGAUUGUGUCGGGAGGCAGUAUCAGCUUCGAUGAUCCAACCGGCGAACGUACCGUUGCUCGGCAGUUAAGCAAGAGCGGAUCGGGUAAGUCGUGGGUCGUUGAUUUGAAAAAUUGUCCAGAUGAAGAGAUACCAUCAUCAGUAACAGCGAUGAAUUCGCUUGAACAUUCGGGCCAGCGGAGCCUUGGAUUUUUCGUCGAUUUGGGUAGCCUUAAGACGCCGGAGGAGGAAAAAUCGAUUACGGCGCUGGUGAACAGUAGACCGCGCCCGACGGCACACUCGGAGCUGAUGAAGAAAUCGACCGGAUUCUAUAUCGAUCUGUCGGAUGAUGGUAGUGAAAGUACUCGCAGUGCCACACCGAAGCUUGGAGGUUCAAAGCUUGAUACGCCACCGCCCUCAGCAUCCGCAAUGACGGGAUCGUCCAGGGGCGAAUCGGAAGACAGGCAGCCGGAUCGUAAGAAUAUGUUUUCGAUGUUUAUUGACUUUGGCGGAGAUCAGGCAAACAGCAAACCAGCCAUAAUGCCACGCAAGCUAUCAAUGCCACAGUCUGUGCUACCCGGAACAUCCAACGGGAAGGAAUCGAUCCGUCCGAGUAGUCUCGGACCGACGACAGGUGAAGAAACGAGCAAGCCUUACUACAUGUUCAUUGGUUCGCAGCCCGAUCCGCAAUCCUCGGUUAUGCGUCGUCCGCAUGGCAACGCGGCUAGCGGAACAGCUGUCAGGCACGAAUCAAAACGUCACUCGUGGAACACAACCGUCGGUGAGGGUGGCGGACUGGGUGGAAACUUUCACGAGCGUAGAAUUGCCACAAAUAGCGCUUAUCAGCGAUCGACGAGCGUAACAAGCGAUCGAGGCAUUAUGAACAUUCUGGACAAAAUUCCUCUCCUUUCGAAAACGUCCAGCAUGUCGAUCGAUUCGUCUGUUUCGCCGUUUGAAGAUUUCACCUGUUCAAAGUCGGAGCUGAGCACCUACUCGAACCAUUCGAUUUCUUCCAACUCGGCACACUCGAGCAACGAAUCAAAGGUAUCGCCGAAAGCCGGCGCCCAGGAAGGACAACCGAUGGAAGUGCCGGCGGACGGGAUGAUGGUAUCGUCUGCGAAGAAAAAGCGUAAAGAUGCAAAAAUAAACGAAACGUUCGACAAAAGCAGCCAAGGGUCGAUUACGGAUGGUAUUCUUUCGUCUAACGAGGAUGCAUCGCCAACGUCAACCACAACCGACACGGACGAUGUAACGUUUCAAAACAAUCCGGCAGAAGAAGAGGCACUGCUUAUUCUGCAGCAACCGGCAACUGCUGUGACCGCAAAGGAAACCCAGCAGCAAGCGAAACCAGAAGAACCAAUAAAGCUGUCCGCUAUUACCACGACCAGCAGCACCAGCAGCAGUACCAAACAGAUGGAAACGAUCGUCGAAACGGUGGAAUGUUCACCUCGGCAUACAGCAUCCACGGCACGGACUAAACCACAGCACACGAUGGAAACGCUACAUGCUACGAUCGAGAAACAGAAGCAACUGCUCGAAACCGUCUCGGAGAAUGUGGAAUCGCAUGCGUCCACCACGGCGACGUCUUCCUUUGUGAAGCUGUCCGACAUGGAUAAACCACCGUCGGCGGCGGCGUCAAAUCAGUUUAUUACGACCAAAUUUGAGCUUCAUUCGAGCAGUGGUGGUGGGAGUGGCGGUGGAAGUGGCAACAACAUGUCCAACUCGGCCGGUUCCAGUCGAGUAGCGCGGCUGUUCGAAUGUCAAAAGUACAACACGAUCGGGUCGGCGAUCGGUGCCAGCAGCCAAGCGAUGAGACAGCAGCAGCAGCAACAGAAGGCAUCGAACUACUAUCACUCGAACGGUGGAGUAACGUCGAUGGAGCGACACUCGUGGAAUAUGUCUCGCUCGACUGGCAACAACUUUGUGAGCCUCAUCUCGUCUUCGGUGGAAAAUUCCCGUUCGCUCAGUCGGUUGUUUCCGCACCUGUCGAAAGCUUUCAGCAGCAGUCUUCCUUCCGACGUGGGUAUGAAUGGUAUGGGACGUAGCGGGCAUCAGGAUGGCAACGAGAUGAUGCAUUCGGACUUUUCCUGUACAUCAAGUAUCACCUCAAGCCGAUCCGGUAUUGAAUCCAUCGAUGAGUCCAUCUCAAGCCGACAGCCGCGCCGCCUUGGUGAGGAUCUGUUGAAGAUGUUCCUUCAGGAGAUUGCCACCGACGUGACGAUCGAGGUCGAGACGAAGAAGAUGCGUGCGCAUAAGUGCAUACUGCGAUCGCGUUGCCAGUACUUUGCGGCAAUUCUCGCCGGGAGUUGGGUGCAGAAUGCGGGCAACGUGAUCGCACUGCCCGGCUACUCGUACGCGGCAGUGCACUUUGCGCUGUGCCACAUCUACUCUGGUGCCUCCCAUCCGCCGGAAGGCAUCAGUCUGAUGGAACUGGCUGCACUGUCCGAUCUUCUUGGUCUCGAGGGGCUGAAGGAGGUUACCGCGUACGCACUGAAGACGAACUACUGUCACAAUUUCCACAAGCCCUGUGUCGGUUGUACGGAUGGUGUGUUGCAAGUGCUGCCAGUUACGCUAAACCAUGGUCUGGACGAUCUCUAUCGCAAGUGUUUGAAGUGGGUCUGCCGGCAUUAUGUGAAGAUUUGGUCCCAGAAGCAGUUCUCGCAGCUUCCGCUGGAUGCCGUGCAUCGCUGUAAGCAGCAAAUUGUGGCCCAUCUCAACUCCGAAAGUGUUCUUACUACGAUACUGGACAGUGAGCAGCUGCUAACGCUACUGCACCCGUACAAGUGGUCGAUUGAGGUGGAAAAUGUCGUGCGCGAUAUACUGGACACGGCGUACGAUUACAUUGCGGAUCACUUUGCCUCGUUACUGGCCAGCGAUAGCUUCCUUUCCCUGGGACAAAACUAUCGCUGGGCAAUUCCACAUCUGGAACCGAUCCUGCUGCCCGCCGCUAACAACCUCAGCCCGGAUCAGGCCUGCAAAAGCUACCCGAGGGCAACGCGGCUACAGAAGCUGCUACAGGCCAAGGUACUGACCAUGACAACCACAACCACCACUUCAACACCGAUGUCAUCGAGUGAUAAUACGAACGUUGUGAACAUCUACGAGAAACAAACGAAGGCCAGCGAUGCUGGUGGCACUCGCAAAGAGGUGGAUUACAAUCUGCAGGAGGAAGAAAUGGACUGGUGCGAUGAGUUUGUCGGCAUGGUUAAUGCCAUCCUGUCCGCCGUGGAACAAUGCUUGAUACGGCAGUGUGCUCGUGCCAUGCGUGUUAGCUCCUGGCAGCGGAUGGAUGUGGAACUUCGGAACAAGAUUCAAAAGCUAGCCUGCCUAAUGGAAACGACCGAUGAACGAAAGUCCCGAUCGCGGUAUUCGUUCUCAUCGCAAACGUCCUCCUCAUCGUCGGUGCAUUCGCGUUCGAACGAUAUGCGGCAGGUGCGAUUGGCUAUACAAGCGCACACCAAGCGUACCCUCGAAAAUGGCCCAUCGAACCACAAUCAAUACAACAACAAUCGAACACAACAAACGCAAACGAUCAAUACGCAUCAGAACGAAUUGAAUGCCGCAUUGUUGAGUUCGCAUAAACUUGCAAAACAUUAUGCAACGCACGAAGCAUCAGCGGCGGCGGCGAUUCCUGUUUUGGAGCGUGAACGAUUGAAACACCAACAGCAAGCGCUAGAAAAUGGCCGCCUUUCGAAAACCGCUUCAAAGACCCACGUUCCAGAGGGAGGAAAGAAAUCUUCCGCAUCGCUUGCCAACGGUCGCCAAGCUGCCAAUGGUAUCCGAAUGGGUGUGCUUUCCAAAGCACCAAACGUUGCCCAACCGACGGUCCCUCACAAACGAUCGCAAUCGGAAGAUCAUGCGAAUCUUAAACCUACCGUUGCUUCCGGCAAACCGGAACCAUCAAACAACAUGCGCACCAAGCUAAGCAACGUCAAGCCACGAUAUCUCGAACCAAAGAAACCUAAAAAUGCGGCCAAUCUGCACGCACAGAACAACAUUUCCUCCAGUGGCAGCUCCACCCGAACGUCCAGUCCGGCGAUGGGCACGCGCAAGAUAACGUCAAAGCUGCAACAGAAUCACGGUCACGAAUCGAAUCUCUCGCUCGACAGUCUAUCCUCACCGGCCAAAUUGAAGAAUGCAUCGGCCAAACCGCCGACCAACCGUGCGACCAUCGGUGAAAUGGAUGUUUCAAUCGACUCGCUGGCAGAGUCAUUGAAAUCUCACUCGAUCAAAACGAGCAACACGCUGUCCCACGAAUCCCUUAUCUAUCAGGAGUAUUUUAAACCGAAAGGUAUGAACACUGUCGAUCAGCAGCAUCCGCCCUCGUCCCAACACGCUAAGAAUGGUCUCGUAAAGGAUAAGGAUCAUCAUCGUGAAAAGCGCCUAAAUGGCGGCAAAGCGGCAAACACGCUUACUACGCGCCUGUUAAGCGGUGGGCUUAAAACGAAUCAUUCGGCAUCCUCAAUCCCGUCCGGAGUAAGUGCCCGCUCGAAUGGAAUCAAUCGAACCGCGUCUUCAGCAAGCGUUGGUUCGAAUGGUGGAUCGGGAUUAGUAAAGCGUAGCUUCCUUUCCCAACGAUCGCGUGAAAUUUUGGCCCGCCGUACGCACGAACCAAAAUCGAACUCAACUAAUUCGAGCAACAAAUCUGCCGCGUCAUCGCCGAGUUUGCUACUAACGCGCGAUAAAUCAUCGGGCAGUGAUAUCGCGAAAUCGGGUUCGUCCGCUUCACUUACAACACCCAGCUCCGGCUCGCGGAAGGUGUUCAACACAACGCUACAUCUGCGACGCACGGCCAAAUUGCCUGAGGGAACAGGCAACAACAGCAACCGUGUUUCGAUUGCAGGUCAGGAACGGAAAGGUGAUAAAAGCACGUCGAAGGGAGCCGCAACAGCAAACCGCACGAAGGCAGCUUCAGGCGACGGUCGAAUCUCACUGAAAGGAACUGUGAUGGAAAAUAAUUGUGCCGUUCCGCCGGAGGUAGGUGACGGGCAAAUGGAUGUACCGGUAAUUAUGGAACGUAUCGAAUCAAAGCUCGAACGUUCAAAUACGUUUUCGAUCGAUGCUGCCGAUCAUCCGCUGUCACUGCAAAUGUUAGAGUGA